AUGAAGUUGCUGAUGAGCGAUCAUGAGGUGGAGCUGGUCAACGACAACAUGCAGGAGUUCCACGUGAAGUUCUGUGGACCGAAGGAUACGCCCUACGAGGGAGGCGUUUGGAGAUUGCAUGUGGAACUGCCCGAUAACUAUCCGUACAAGUCUCCCAGUAUAGGGUUUGUGAACAAGAUUUUCCACCCGAACAUCGACGUUGCGUCGGGGUCGAUCUGUCUGGACGUGAUAAACUCGACGUGGUCUCCGCUGUACGAUUUGAAGAACAUCGUCGAGUGGAUGAUCCCCGGGCUGCUCAAGGAGCCGAACGGGAGCGAUCCGCUCAACAACGAGGCGGCUACGCUGCAACUGCGGGACAAGAAGCUGUAUGAGAGCAAGAUCAGGGAGUAUAUCGACAAAUAUGCGUCCGAAGAGAGGUACAACCAGCUGUUUGGGGGCGACGAGGGCGCGUCCGGCGAUGAUGUCGACUCCGUCGACCUGGAGGACGAGGACGACGAGGACGACGAUGACGAGGACGAAGAACUCGCAGCAGACGGCACUGGCGGUGAAUCACUCGAGGAUUCUGACGGUCUAAGUGACGAACUAAGCGAUAUAGACAUGAGCAGUUGA